AAAGGAAUAGCGGUCCUGCAAGGGUCUUCUUCCUCUUCAGACCUGGUAGGAGGACUAGGAGUUGUUUCUAAUGGUAAGGACCACGAUUUUUACCAUCGUAGAAGUGCUGAGCAGCUAGCCGCUCGGACCACCUACCAUCAUCCGGCUGAGCACAGACGGGGUGAGAACGCGGUGCUUGAGAAAAUCUCUACGCUAUUGGAGACUGAGGCCACUCGAGGUGCUAGGGGGCUACUUAGGUGGAGUGGCAAUCACGACCUCGAUGCGGAGAAUUCUCCUGAGAGUGCUACGACAUCGAUAUCGAAGAUGACCUUGCCUAGCGUCGACGUAGGGUCUAGCCCUGCAGCUGAGAAGUGGUCUACGUUUUUAGAUGAUAUGGCAGAGGAUGCGGAUGGCAUGGUCAUGGAUGGCAAGCAUGAAGAGCAACGGUUAGCACGGAAUUUAGCUC